UCAUUUAAUUAUUGGUGUAAUUGUCGUGAAGAGCUUACCUCAAAACGUCCAAAACAUGCUGAUAUAUCCAAACAACGAAACAGAGAACCAUAUCUUGUACGGUAUGCAUGUGAGGGUCUUCUCUCUGUUGAUAUAAAUUUAAAUGAUAAUCUUGCAAACGUAAAGUUAUACCAUAAACAACUUCACCAAAGGCCAAAGCAUAUUUAUGUUUCAGAAGAUAUCAAGCAAUUUAUUCGUGAAAAUUUAGUACACAGAGCACCUGAGCUUCAUAGAAUAAUCAUAUCUAAAGAACUUUGUGGAUAUAAAACUUUAACCAUUGAUCAAGUAUAUUUCUGGUGGACAUACGAAGCAUCAAAACAUUAUCGAAGACAUGAAGAUCAGUAUGAAUCAGCAAAAUUGCUCUUGAAUGAAAAAGGAUAUGAAAUUGUAUUUGAAUCAAGUACACCAACAC